AUGGUCUACACAAUCACGCCAACGUCAGUCUAUUUUGCUAUGUCUUCCGUCUUGCGUGCGAUCGUUCCUCCUUGCCCGCUCGUGAUGCUGUGGCACGGUCACGCCGUGCCAUCGCGAGUUCCGCCCCACUUUGACUCGUUCACAUGCUAACGCCGGCGCCGGCACCCGCUUCGACUCCGGAAUUGGACCCGUAGGCUCUGGAAGCAGAUCGUACACUAUGCAUCGUUCAGCCAAACAGGCGUGAGCUUGCGGCAGAUGGUCAAAUUUGGUGAGUCAGCACUAUAGGCGAUGUGCUGCUAUUCUCUCGCUCUCGGGUCGGAGCCGUAGCUGACCACCAGCGAUCCCCGCAUCUCCGCAUGACGCGAUUUGGGACGUGGCUACGUAUCUUGUGGCAGGUCAAAACCCCUCUCAGGUUGGUCGGGCAUUCUGCUGUUCGACCCGGCGUGGCCCGAUCGGAGCUUUGCGCUAAAUCGGCUCUUGCUGUGACCUCAUGGAUGAACGCAGGGCACAUUGCUCCGAGCUUCACAAUUCCUCGCAGGUGAGGCGUUUGAACCAUCACUCCGUGCGAUGCAUAAACAAGGCAAUCGAGCGACUGACUACGAUGCAGUCGCGAUGUCACGUCCACAGAGGAGUUGCCGAUCCGUCUGGCCCACCGCGUAAAGGAGCUGGAUGAGCUACCCCAUUCUCUCAACAAGAUGCCUAGCAUUGAGAAAGUGAAGCGCUGGUAUGCCGAGUCUUUCGAGGUGAGCUGAACCGGAACCGGAUAGAUUGGUCUGGUCCCUGAUGAGUCGGCGUCGACAACCUCUACGCCGUACGAACAGGAAUUGGUCAACUUCCCAAAACCCGAGCUACCACCGUCGAUACACGAAGCGUUCAUGCGGGCGUCGCACGAGUCUCCAUCGCUUCCGGAAUCGGUGCCCAAUCCCUCUCUUCCCGAGCACAUGAAGCCCCGGCCAAGUGACUCCAAAGUCACAAGCGGAAAACAACGGCCGCCUCUUCAACAUCGGUAAGUCGUCGGCUUCAGUCGUAUCGCACGGCGACUAAUCGUUGUCACGCGAUAUCGCUGUUGUAGCUAUUACACAGAUCCUGACUCAAGCAUAAAAUGGCCGCCCGAAGUGCAUGACUAUAACGAGAGGUUCACCAAGCUUUUGUCAAACAUUAAAAGAAGGCACGACCCAGUCGUGACAACCAUUGCGCAGGGUAUUCUGGAGUUCAAGCGGGAGAACAAGACCCCACACAUUGAUCGCUCGAUACAGACCUUUCUCGACCGCUUUUAUAUGUCUCGCAUUGGUGAGCUAGUCGCCCAGCCGCAUAUGGCGCUGCGGGGAUCAUCACAAGCGCUAUCUGCGGGACUGAAGUUUCAGCUGCGCUCGUUUCGCCAGGCAUUCGGGUUUUGAUAGGCCAACACAUUGCCUUGAAUCGCCUUGAGCCUCACGAGGUGAGUCCAAAGCCUGCCUCUCAACUUGACGCUUUCUCUGACCUUCCCGCUUCAUGCCAUCCACAGGAUUAUGGUCAGUUGUCCGCCUCCCAUCAACGGCAAGGGACGCGGGCAGACACUUACAUGACAUCUCGGGACUGGAGCAGUUGGAAUCAUCUGCACGAGGACCAACAUCCAUCAAAUUGCCCGGGAAGCGAUCGAGAACGCUACCUAUGUAUGCGAAGAGCACUUCGGCUUGUUCAAAGGCCCGCCCGUGCAGCUGAUUUGCUCGAAAGAGUUGAACUUCAUGUAUGUGCCAAGCCAUUUGGUACGUUAUCUUGAGCCAUCGGAUGUACGUACAUGGCCUCGGCGUGUCGCUGACGGCGCCCCCAUUACUGCAAGAACCAUGUCUUGUUUGAGGUUUUGAAAAAUUCACUGCGAGCGGUGGUCGAAACACAUGGGGUCGAGUGCGAGGAGUACCCACCGGUCAAAGUCAUUGUGGCGGAAGGGAACGAGGACAUCACCAUCAAGAUCUCUGAUGAGGGAGGAGGAAUCCCUCGAAGCGCUCUACCCCUGGUUUGGACCUUCAUGUGCGUGAGGCUGAUGCGGUGAUGCACGCGAUGGAGAAUCUGACUCGUUUGCGCCUCGUUAGGUAUACGACCGCGAACCCCGAGAACCUCGACCAGGAUUUUCAAGGGACAGAUUUCAAGGCACCUAUGGCGGGUUUUGGUGCGUCCUCGGGAUCGCAAGAUGGCGAGAGGUCGAAAGGGACUGACCUCUUGUUUGCGCAACCAUGCAUGAACAGGCUAUGGGUUGCCCAUCGCUCGGUUGUACUCGCAAUAUUUUGGCGGCUCGCUUAAGCUAAUUUCAAUGGAAGGUUAUGGAACAGAUUGCUACAUCGUGAGUUAG